ACAACACACACACACAAACACUAGUUUCCUCCAUUGACACUAUCCCACUACCUUCUUCAAAAAUCCCACCUUUUCUGUUAAAUCAAAUCUCCUUCUCUCUCUUGAUCUAUCUCUCUCUUGACCAAAUGAGAGAAGAAAUAAACACCCAACAAAUAAAAUAAAAAACGUUUUUGUUCAAACAUGAGAAGAUGAGAGAUUAAUUGCAGAGACCCCUUUUGAUUACUACCGUUCUCUUCCACCAAACUCGUUUCUGUCUUUAAUUUCUCUAUUUUUCUUUUGUUUAGAACAUUUAAAAUCUAAAGGAAAAAAAAAAAGAAAAAAAAAUCAUUCCUUUGCUUAUUUCUCACUGUUCCUUUUGCUCUCUCUGCUUUCAUCUUCUUGCGUUUGAAGUCAUAUCUUCUGCUUGUGCCACAACACUCCGAUUGCUUUAAACUUGGAGAGCUUCAAGAUUACCCCAAACCCAUCAAUUCUUUUCAGUCUUCCUCGUGAUCAUCGAGGAACCUUCAUCUCUUCUAUGGAAUGGAGUUUUUUAUUCUCCUCCUUAGGAUCUCUCUUCUCUCAUCGCUUCUAGCUCCUGCUUCUUCUUCUUCUUCUUCUUCUUCCUCAGGAUUAGAUUUGUUAUCUCCUAUAUCAUCACCACCGUCUCCAUUACCGGGAAUUUCAAAAGGGUUUGGUCAAGCACCGAGUAAUUCACCUGAAUCUCACAAAUCCGGCAAUGUGCCACCGUCUAAAGCUUCUCAACCGUCUCUUCCUCCUGUAGCUGACGUGACAGCUCCACCACCGUCAGAUUCCGUCGGAAGUGAAGCACCGACCGGUGAGCCUGUUGUCUCGGUUCCUGUUGCUCCAGCUCCAGCUACAGUACCUGUGAAGGAUUUACCAGGAAAUCCACCUCCGGUUCAACCCAUUGCACCGAUUGCUUCACCACCUCAGUUCAUUCCAAGAGAUGCACCAAAGGAGCCUCUUUUCUCAGGCAAAGUUACUCCGGGCCCGGUUUCAUCACCUGUUUCGGAUAUUCCUCCAAUUCCAUCUGUGGCUCUGCCUCCGCCCACAUCGAGCAUUGUACCUCCUAGAAAUGCUUCUAAUAAUCACAAGCCUCCUGUUGAAAAGCCUAUUGCUCCUGUUGCAUCGCCACCAACAAUAUCGAUUGAAAUUUCACCGCCAGUCCAUCCUGUUAUACCUAAGUUAAGACCCUCUAGAUCACCUGCUCCCACCGUGACUCCAACGAAGGGAUCUCCACCAAGAAGUCCCCCGACUACCCACCCGGUUUUUCCGAUCGAAUCUCCUGCUGUCUCACCAGAUCAUGCUGCAAAUCCAGUAAAACAUCCACCGUCCAGUGAUAAUGGAGAUGAUAACAGAAGUCCGGGUGCUGCACCAUCAAAUAAAACUGCUAAACCAUUGCCUGUCUUCCCACAUAAAGCUUCUCCUCCUUCAAUAGCUCCUGCUCCCGCAUCCCCAAAAUUUAAUGGACACUUUCAUACAUCUCCAUCUACUACGCCACCACCAGCUUCUACUCCGAGUAAUGUACACCACCGCCAUUCUCCAUCCUCACCUCCUCCUCCUCUACCUUCAAACCAUCGACAUCAUCAACAACGAAAGGAGAUCACAAAUAGUCCAGCUCCUUCACAACCACCACCGCCACAAAUCGUAUCUCCAAAGAAGUCAAACCACCGUAAAGGUUCAAUGACUUCUCCUCCCAUUCCUGCUUCUUUGAUUUCUCCUGCUCACGCUCCAAUCUCUUCCUCUAUGCAACGCAUCUCCCCGACUCCAGCACCUUCUCCAACCCAAGUUUUUCCUCUCAGGUCCUCUUCAAGACCUUCAAAAUCUCGGAAAUUCCCACUCGGUCCACCGCUUCAAGCGUUUCCUCCUCCUCCCCCUAAUUCAGAUUGUUCUUCAACUGUUUGCAUGGAACCAUACACAAACACACCUCCGGGAUCUCCUUGUGGAUGUGUCUGGCCAAUUCAGGUUGAGCUACGGCUUAGCAUGGCCCUUUACGAUUUUUUCCCGAUGGUUUCAGAAUUUGCUAGGGAAGUCAGUGCCGGAGUUUUCAUGAAACAGAGCCAAGUCCGUAUAAUGGGAGCUAACGCGGCUAGCGAACAACCUGAGAAAUCCAUUGUUCUUAUCGAUUUAGUCCCGCUCGGUGAUAAAUUUGAUAACUUGACUGCAAUGCUGACUUACCAGAGAUUUUGGAGUAAAAAAGUCUACAUAGAUGAACCAAUCUUUGGCAAGUAUGAGGUUGUUUACGUGCGUUAUCCUGGUUUACCGGCUUCUCCGCCAACAUCUGGUAUGACCAUUAUAGAUCAAGGACCCUAUUCCGGUUAUAAUAAUGGAAGGGCAGUCAAACCGUAUGGAGUUGAUGUUCCGAAAAAGCUACGAAAGAAAGAGCUCAAUGCUGGAACUAUUUCUGUGAUUGUUUUAUCCGCAGCUGCUUUCAUCGGAUUAUGUUUCGUUAUCGUUUGGUUCUUGGUUUUCCGGCGACAUAGAGAUCGGCGGCGCCUUUCUAAAAGAGCUCCACUUGCUCGCCCGCUACCUUCCCUCUCGAAACCAUCAGGCUCUGCGAGAUCUUUAACUGGAAGCCGGUUUAGCUCAACUUCAUUGUCAUUUGAAUCAAGCAUUGCUCCGUUUACUCUCUCUGCAAAGACAUUCACUGCAAACGAAAUAAUGAAAGCUACUAAUAGCUUUGAUGAAUCUAGGGUUCUUGGUGAAGGUGGAUUUGGAAGGGUUUAUGAAGGUGUUUUUGAUGACGGAACUAAAGUGGCAGUUAAGGUAUUGAAGAGAGAUGACCAGCAAGGUAGCCGAGAGUUCUUAGCCGAAGUGGAAAUGCUUAGUCGUCUUCAUCACAGAAACCUCGUGAAUUUGAUUGGUAUUUGUAUCGAAGAUCGUAACCGUUCCCUGGUUUAUGAACUAAUACCAAAUGGAAGUGUUGAAUCUCACCUCCACGGGAUCGAUAAAGAAUCUUCGCCUUUAGAUUGGGAUGCUCGGUUGAAGAUAGCUCUUGGUGCAGCCCGUGGAUUAGCGUAUUUACACGAAGACUCGAGCCCGCGAGUUAUACAUAGAGACUUCAAGUCCAGCAACAUUUUGCUUGAACACGAUUUCACGCCUAAAGUAUCAGACUUUGGAUUAGCGCGAAACGCCCUUGAUGAUGAAGAUAACAGACAUAUAUCAACGCGAGUUAUGGGAACUUUUGGGUAUGUGGCGCCAGAAUAUGCUAUGACAGGUCAUCUUUUGGUAAAGAGUGAUGUGUAUAGCUACGGAGUUGUGCUUCUUGAGCUACUUACAGGGCGGAAACCUGUGGAUAUGUCUCAACCACCAGGACAAGAGAACUUAGUUUCAUGGACUCGGUCUUUUCUCACAAGUACAGAAGGGCUUGCAGCUAUUAUAGACCAGUCUUUGGGACCCGAGAUCUCAUUCGAUAGCAUAGCUAAAGUCGCGGCAAUAGCUUCCAUGUGCGUUCAACCAGAAGUAUCGCACCGUCCUUUCAUGGGAGAAGUAGUGCAAGCUUUGAAACUUGUCAGCAACGAAUGUGAUGAAGCUAAGGAACUUAACUCUGUAACUUCAAUCACUCAAGACGAUCUGAGAGAUGACACUCGAGCUGGGAGCUCAUGUGGUGAAGGCUCAGGGAGGAUGGCCCGGUAUCCGUUGCUACCGAAUUAUGACUCUGAGCCUGACACAGAGAGAGGACUUUCUGCAUCGGAAGUGUACACGGGUUCAGGGAGGUUCGAGAGACAGUCUAACUCAGGUCCCUUGGCCUCAGGACGGGGCAAGAGAUUCUGGCAAAAGAUGAGGAGAUUAUCAACCGGAAGCUUGAGUGAACACGGGACACCAACAGUUAUGUUACGAUCCGGUUCGCGUUGAAACGAUCUUUUGCCAGUUGCAGAUUUGAUUGCCUCUUGUAAGUUGAAAAGACGGAAGGAAAGCUGGGCUGCCUUGUCGUACAAGCAACUCUUUGCCUCCUAGAAGUGGAAACCAGUUAAUCGGGAAAACCAAGAGAGGUCAUCAUUUCCCGGGAUCAACAGUUAGUUAAAAGAGAUGUUUGUAUCUUAGAAGAGAAACAAGAGAUUCUAUUUAAACUAAUUUGAAUGUACAUAUCACGUUUUAUGUCAACAGAAUGAAGCAAGCAACUUCCUUUCACAA